UUUUUUUUUUUUUCCGUUGCGCCAAAGAAUCAUCGACUUCUCUUCACGCCUCAUACUAACCACCCAAGUCGACACAGCGACAAAUCUCGUCAAGAUGGCACCCAAGGACUCGAAGAAAGGCGGCGCCUCAAAGACGCCCAAGGGCUCCAAGCAGGCCCAGGCUGCCUCCAAGGCCGCCCUCAAGGGUGUGCACUCCCACAAGAAGGUCAAGGCCCGUUACACCACUAGCUUCCACCGCCCCAAGACCCUGCAGCUCUCGAGGGCACCCAAGUACCCCCGCAAGUCGGUCCCCCACCUGCCACGACUGGAUGAGCACAAGAUCAUCGUCCACCCGCUCAACACCGAGAGCGCCAUGAAGAAGAUCGAGGAGAACAACACGCUCGUCUUCAUUGUCGACAUCAAGGCCAACAAGGCCCAGAUCAAGGGCGCCCUGAAGAAGCUGUACGACCUGGACGUGCUCAAGAUCAACACCCUGAUCCGCCCCGAUGGCAGGAAGAAGGCCUACGUCCGCCUGACUCCCGACGUCGAUGCCCUGGACAUUGCUGCCACCAAGCUGGCCCUUGUCUAAAUCGCGUCUUGUUGUCUGCUUGCUUUUCGGUUCAGGUGGAAAAUCAGAGGGAAGGAAACUAUUCGAGUGGGAUACCAUGCAUUUUACAACGGCGUCACAUAGGCUCACGGCUCGGGACACUUUCACGAAAAAAGGCAUUAAAACUUCCACCCUCACCACCAUAUGAAAAAGCUUCCCGCACAGCUGUAUGAAGGCUUCCAAGGACAAUCCGGCGGCACAGGCUGCUCGGUGCCGGGCCUACAUCGUAGGUCAUCGUGA